UUCACUGUUGCCUGAUGGUACUGCUGUUUUAAUGAAGAUGCCAGCAACUGCAAAUGACAGGACCCGGCUGGGGGCAACUGAAGGGAAGAUCGAUGACUUGUGGUUGGGCUGCUGGGACAGCUGUGCACGAGUGCUGCUGUUUCGAGGUGGAAAUAAGGAAUUAAAAAACUACAACAGCCAGACUCCAUUUCAGGUGGCGAUCAUCGCAGGCAACUUUGAGCUGGCCGAGUACAUCAAGAACCACAAGGAAACAGACAUCGUGCCCUUCCGGGAGGCCCCGGCCUACUCCAACCGCAGGCGGCGGCCCCCCAGCACGCUGGCCGCCCCCCGGGUCCUGCUGCGCUCCAACAGCGACAACAACCUCAACGCCAGUGUGCCCGACUGGGCUGUCUGCCCCCCGGCCGUCUCCCACCGCAGCCUCUCGCCGCAGCUGCUGCAGGCAACGCCCAGCAGGCCUGAUGGUGCUGUGAAGACCAUCGGGAACUACGUCCCCGGGCCCCGCAGCAGGUCCCCGUCGCUCAACAGGCUGGGUGCAGGCGAGGAUGGCAAGAGGCACCGGCACGUCGGGUCACCCUUUGCUUCUGGUGCCAACAAGGACCCACUCUCGGCCUUCGAAUACCCGGGGCCCAAGAGGAAGCUCUACAGCGCCGUGCCCGGGAGGCUCUUUGUCGUCGUCAAGCCAUACCAGCCCCAAGUCGACGGCGAGAUCCCCCUUCAUCGCGGUGACAGGGUCAAAGUUCUGAGCAUCGGUGAAGGGGGCUUCUGGGAGGGCAGCGCCCGCGGCCACAUCGGAUGGUUCCCGGCCGAGUGCGUGGAGGAAGUCCAGUGCAAGCCAAAGGACAGCCAGGCAGAAACCCGUGCAGACCGCAGCAAGAAACUCUUCAGACACUACACGGUGGGCUCGUAUGACAGCUUUGAUACUUCCAGCGACUGCAUUAUCGAGGAGAAGACAGUGGUCCUGCAGAAGAAAGACAAUGAGGGCUUCGGGUUCGUGCUCCGAGGGGCGAAAGCUGAUACACCCAUUGAAGAAUUCACACCGACGCCGGCAUUCCCAGCCCUUCAGUACCUGGAGUCCGUGGAUGAAGGCGGGGUGGCAUGGCAAGCCGGACUGAGGACUGGAGAUUUCCUGAUUGAGGUUAACAAUGAGAAUGUCGUCAAAGUUGGCCACAGGCAGGUGGUGAACAUGAUCCGCCAGGGAGGAAAUCACCUUGUCCUUAAGGUGGUCACAGUGACCAGGAAUCUGGACCCGGAUGACACUGCCAGGAAAAAAGCUCCCCCGCCUCCAAAGCGUGCGCCGACCACGGCCCUCACCCUUCGCUCCAAGUCCAUGACCUCGGAGCUGGAGGAACUCGAUAAGCCCGAGGAGAUCGUCCCAGCCUCCAAGCCCUCUCGAGCUGCUGAGAACAUGGCCGUGGAGUCCAGAGUGGCCACUAUCAAGCAGCGGCCCACCAGCCGGUGCUUCCCAUCUGUCUCGGACAUGAACUCCGUGUAUGAACGCCAAGGAAUCGCUGUGAUGACGCCCACUGUUCCUGGGAGCCCAAAAGGCCCAUUUCUGGGCAUCCCUCGAGGUACGAUGCGAAGGCAGAAAUCUAUAGGAAUAACAGAGGAAGAGCGCCAAUUUCUGGCUCCUCCGAUGCUGAAGUUCACUAGAAGCCUGUCCAUGCCAGACACCUCCGAGGACAUCCCCCCACCGCCACAGUCUGUACCCCCGUCUCCACCACCACCUUCCCCUACCACUUACAACUGCCCUAAGUCCCCGACUCCGAGAGUCUAUGGGACCAUAAAGCCCGCGUUCAAUCAGAAUUCUGCCGCCAAGGUGUCCCCAGCCACGAGGUCUGACACGGUGGCCACCAUGAUGCGGGAGAAGGGAAUGUACUACCGGAGAGAGCUGGACCGCUACUCCCUGGACUCCGAUGACCUCUACAGUCGGAACGCUGCCCCCCAGGCCACCUUCCGCAACAAGAGAGGCCAGAUGCCCGAAAACCCAUACUCGGAGGUGGGGAAGAUCGCCAGCAAAGCCGUCUACGUCCCCGCCAAGCCCGCCAGGCGGAAGGGGAUGCUGGUGAAGCAGUCCAAUGUGGAGGACAGCCCAGAGAAGACGUGCUCCAUCCCCAUCCCGACCAUCAUCGUGAAGGAGCCGUCCACCAGCAGCAGCGGCAAGAGCAGCCAGGGCAGCAGCAUGGAGAUCGACCCUCAGGCCUCGGAGCCACUGGGCCAGCUGCGGCCGGAUGACAGCCUGACCGUCAGCAGCCCCUUCGCAGCCGCCAUCGCUGGGGCCGUGCGUGACCGGGAGAAGCGGCUGGAAGCCAGGAGGAACUCCCCGGCCUUCCUCUCCACAGACCUGGGGGAUGAGGACGUGGGCCUAGGGCCGCCUGCCCCCAGGACGCAGCCCUCCAAGUUCCCCGAGGAGGGCGAGUUUGGCGAUGAGGAUGGCGCCGAACAGCUCUCGUCCCCGGUGCCAGGGGCAGCACCCAGGGAGCCUGAGAACCAUUUCAUGGGUGGCGGCGAGGCCAGUGCUCAGGUUGAGGCCGGGAGGCCACUGAAUUCCACAUCCAAAGUCACUGGGCCUGAGAGCGGCCCGGCAGCGCCCCCCAAGAGCAGUGGCGCAGCUGGCCCUGAGAAUUACGUGCAUCCGCUCACAGGGAGGCUGCUCGGCCCUAGCUCCCCACUGGCCCUGGCCCUCUCCGCAAGGGACCGAGCCAUAAAGGAAUCCCAGCAGGGAUCCCGGGGGGAGGCCCCCAGGGCUGACCUCAACAAACCUCUUUACGUUGACACCAAAAUGCGGCCCAGCACGGAAACUGGCUUCCCCCCGGUCACCAGGCAGAACACCCGGGGACCCCUGCGGCGUCAGGAGACAGAGAACAAGUAUGAGACCGACCUGGGUAGGGACCGGAGAGGCGACGACAAGAAGAACAUGCUCAUUGACAUCGUGGACACAUCCCAGCAGAAGUCAGCUGGGCUGCUGAUGGUCCACACCGUGGACGCCACCAAGCUGCAGGACUCCCUGGAGGAAGAGGACGAGAAAGUGGACGUGGAUGUGAAGCCUGACCAUUCGCUGUCAGAGGUGCCAGAAGGUGUUUCCGAAACCGAAGGUGCUUUACAGAUCUCCGCUGCCCCCGAGCCCGCCGCCGCGCCAGACAGAGCCAUCGUGGCGGUCGGCUCUCUGGAAGAGGCGGUGAUUUUGCCAUUCCGCAUCCCUCCUCCCCCUCUGGCAUCCGUGGAUUUGGAUGAGGAUUUUAUCUUUACAGAGCCAUUGCCUCCUCCCCUGGAAUUUGCAAAUAGUUUUGAUAUCCCCGAUGACCGUGCUGCUUCUGUCCCUGCUCUCACGGACUUGGUCAAGCAGAAAAAAAACGAUACUCCUCAGUCCCCUUCGUUGAACUCCAGCCAACCAACCAACUCUGCAGACAGCAAGAAGCCAGCUGGUCUUUCGAACUGUCUGCCUGCCUCAUUCCUGCCGCCCCCUGAGAGCUUUGACGCUGUCACCGACUCUGGGAUCGAGGAGGUGGACAGCCGGAGUAGCAGCGACCACCAUCUCGAGACGACCAGCACUAUCUCCACAGUGUCCAGCAUCUCCACCCUGUCUUCCGAAGGCGGGGAGAACGUGGACACCUGCACAGUCUAUGCAGAUGGGCAAGCAUUUAUGGUUGACAAACCCCCAGUACCUCCUAAGCCAAAAAUGAAGCCCAUAAUUCACAAAAGCAAUGCACUUUACCAAGACGCGCUCGUGGAAGAGGAUGCAGAUAGCUUUGUUAUACCCCCACCCGCUCCCCCGCCCCCACCGGGCAGUGUCCAGCCCGGGAUGGCCAAGGUUAUCCAGCCAAGGACCUCCAAGUUGUGGGGCGACGUCACAGAGAUCAAAAGCCCAAUUCUCUCAGGCCCAAAGGCAAAUGUUAUUAGUGAAUUGAACUCGAUCCUACAGCAAAUGAACCGAGAGAAAUCAGCAAAGCCGGGGGAAGGUCUGGAUUCACCGACAGGAGCCAAGUCCACCAGCCUUGCUCCAAGAAGCCCGGAGGUCAUGAGCACCGUCUCAGGUACACGGAGCACGACAGUGACCUUCACUGUCCGCCCUGGCACUUCCCAGCCCAUCACCCUGCAGAGCCGGCCCCCCGAGUAUGAAAGUAGGACCUCAGGAACAAGACGCGCCCCAAGCCCUGUGGUCUCGCCAACAGAGAUGAGCAAAGAGAUGCUGCCCGCCCCUCUGCCCGCUGCUGCGGCCUCUCCGUCUCCCACCCUCUCAGAUGUCUUUAGCCUUCCGAGCCAGGCCCCUUCUGGGGACCUAUUUGGCUUGAACCCAGUGGGACGCAGCAGGUCACCAUCUCCCUCAAUACUGCAACAGCCAAUCUCAAAUAAGCCUUUUACAACUAAACCUGUCCACCUGUGGACUAAACCAGAUGUGGCAGAUUGGCUGGAAAGUCUAAACUUGGGUGAACAUAAGGAGACCUUCAUGGACAAUGAGAUCGAUGGCAGUCACUUACCAAACCUUCAGAAGGAAGACCUAAUCGAUCUCGGGGUGACUCGAGUUGGGCACAGAAUGAAUAUAGAAAGGGCUUUGAAACAGCUGCUGGACAGAUAAGGACGGCUGCUCUUGACCCUUACAGACUUCUUGUUAUAAGUAGAGAUGGGCUUACCCUGAAAUACUGGAACAGUCGAGCAAAGUCUGUGAGCAUCAACCCCAGUCCAUGGGUUUGUCUCCUGGUACCCAAAGAAAUACUGAGUUUGUCCAGGGAGUGGCUGAGCAAAGGCCUUGAAACUCUCAGCUGUCUGUGGGUUUCUUGGGCAGUUUCUGUCAAAUAGGGGACAAGGAAAGAGUGUUUUUCUAACAUGGAAAGAGAUCCCCAGCCUGCCUCCCAGCAUGCAGGUGACCUCACUUUGCCAGGUCCAAGAAGCCCCCGUCGAUUUCGCGCGGGAUCCUUGUUCUUGCAGGCAGACACCAGUGUAUUCUAGAUACCUCCUGAGACCUCCCUCCUCUGCACUCUGGGCAGCUCUCACCACCCGAGGCCCCACGGGAGGCCAUCCUCAGUCUCGUGGCCUCUCAGAGGACACCCGAUGCUCACCUGCUCCUUUCUCUUUCCUGUACUUUGCUUACAGUGACCUGCUCCCAGAUGUGUUUUUCUGGUGCCCCUUCUCGGGCCUGAAAGGUAGAGAAACUUAAUUUUCCUCUGUAGAGUCUUUCUCCCAUCUCAUCCUGUGCUGAGCGUCCGUGGUUCUUUGGCCAUGGUGCUCUUGGCGGCGGUGGGGAGCCUGACCGGGAUCGUGCUCAGCUUUGCUUAGCUUGCUUUCUUUAUUUCUGCAAAUCUGUGAGCAUAAUUCCAAGGUGGCCAAACAGAUGUCACACGGAGUUAGCCAAAGCACAAAGUCAUGAUUCUAAAAAGGAGAGGAGACCUGGCCACGGGAACUAGCCAGCACGCAGCUGCCUUGGUCCCAGGCCUCCUCGAGGACGAGAGCAGCUGUCUGCCAGGCACACCUGUCCGGGACGGAGCAAGGGCUCUCUGCCUCUCAGAGCGCUUUCUCAGGACGGUGUGUCGAGCUCAGCAAAGACGAGAGCAGGUGAGCAUCUACUCUGACACAAAGCCCGAGACGACGCACGGCUCAUGGUGGGCCUGUGCUGCUGCCCCGUGAGACCGUGUCUUCUCUGGGAGCUGGGAGCACAGGGCCUUCAGGUCUGAGCCCGGCCCAGGGUGAGCAUCUCUGCUGAGGCAGGCCUUUUGCUCUCAGAGGCCAGAGAAGAUGGUACUUCGGGGCUUUCCCCCUUCCUUUCUGGGUGUCUAGGAAUCCCACCAGCUUGUCUUAACAGUAUAGCAGGUCCUCUGAGGACCCAGUGGGUUUGGAGUGUACACAGAACCCAGGAUUGAGAACAUAGGGUGGGCUGUAGGAUCAGAGUGAGAAGCAGUUGAUAAAGAAAUGACCACAAGGAGGUCCCCUGGACGGCCAGCCUGGCCUCUGUGGCCAGGCUUCCUUGAGCACCCCCAGGCUUUCCCUGGAGUCCCUCCUCCCGGUAACAGCACCUCUGAUUGCCAAGGGAGGUCACCAACUGCAUGUGGGCUGCAAAACAUCCAGUCAGGCUUCCAGCACAUUCUCCCACAUUUGGAGGCUACUCGAGUGUCAGGUUUUGGUUUUAUUAUCAUUUCAGAACUAGCUCGGCCCAUCUCUAAUUAUAAAACAUGAUUUUUUUUCCUUUUUUUUUUUUCGUUAUGCUCACGACCAAGUGUCUGAUUAGGUCUGGAACAGCUCUAGAAUGAAUACGUACAAUUCAGCAACUUAAAAUCUUUCUUUACUGCAAGUUUAAAUAGUUGUACAGAUAGUUUAUAAGCACAAUAUUUUAAGAAAAAAAAAGUGGCUGGUCUACUAGGCAGCCUUUGUGCCACUUCAGUGCUAGAAAGUUAAAGAAAAAAAAAAACUUUUGUGAUUUGAUAAUACUAUUUCUGUGGGAUAAUUAUAAAAGUCUGACCUUUUUAAAAUCAACCUUAUUUGGAUGCAUCUGAACCAGCAGAGCUGUGUUAUAUUUUCUAUCUUUGCUAGAACUUCAUCAUUGAAGGACAAUUUCUUCAAAAGUGGUUAUAAUUAAUAAUGCAGCAGUUUCUCUAAAAACAGAACCAAAAUGCACACACACACACACACUCUCUCACACACUUGUCCAGCCACACGCCCCUGAUUUGGAAACCGAGUCUUUAGAACUUUUCCUGUUCCAAAACAUUUUGCAGGUCAAUCUUGUAUUUGAAUAGUCCAACUUGAAAUAAUUGAAUCUUAAGGCGCUUCACUUCUACAUACUUUUUUGAGUUUUUCCAUUGGGAGAUGAAUGAACGCUACUCCAGAGAAAUUUCCAGCCAAGAUACUAUGGGUGGCCUGCUGGGCUGCCCAGUAUGGUAGCCCAUACUACAGAUGGGCUGUAUUUACAGAUGGGCUACAUUUACAGAAAAAGGUAAACAUAGUGGUUUGGCCAUUAAUUUGUCUUCCAUUUGGUGAUAGUGCAAAAUUUAGUGAGUCCACCACUUCUCCAUAGCUCUUUUUCCUUUGCCUACUGUUGGUAUUACCUCUGUGCUCAGUGCCAGGCAAAAUGCUAGGUAAGAGGAAGGCAGGAGAAACCUCGGGUAGACUGUCGGGCAGAGCUGGCUGUUCCUCCCUUUCUUCUAGACGUCAAGCCACAUGCCACAUGCCACUAACCAGAAGCAAGCUGGCUGCAAGACUAAAGAGCUGAUGAAAUAGUUUAUUUUUACAUUGUCUUAUUAUAGAGAAGUCACGGGACCUGUCAGAACCUGCACUGACCAAUAAAAUCAGCACGUGUUGCCAAGAUGAAUCGGUCUCUAGCUCUGUUGGCUGAUUUGGCUACAGAGAGCAAUAGUUCCUCAUUUAAAUCACCACCCACUGUUCUCCCCCUUUGGGACAUGUAAGGACCAGGCCCUAUUCCAUGACCCUCUUUAAUGGUGGGACAGAUGUUAAACUGCUCAUAUAAAAAUCAUGUUAAUAUUAUUCCAGGUUUUAAGAUCAACUUUUGUUAUAUACUGUAAUUUAAAUAAUCUGCAUUUACAUUCCUAGUUUCUGUAAUAUCGUGUAUACAAAACCAAAAUCUCUCAAGAUGUAAAUUCUGUAUACCUGCCAAGAUACCUUCUCCAGGGUGUCCGUGCAUAUUUUUAAGUUAAUUCAUAUAAAAAUGACUCAAUGUGACUGUUGAUUUGCUGAACUUUAUAUAUCACAAAGUGAAUUAUUUGUGAUACUUUAGUUAAUAAAAUGGUGAAUUAUUUUUUUUCUCAAUUAUUGAACAAGCAAGCACUACCCAAUUGAUCUGAUAAUGACUUUUUGUGUGUGGGCCACAAAUAUUGAUUUUCCCAUUAACGAUUUUUUUUGUUUUUUUAAAUACUAAUGUUUCACACUAUAGUUUGUGUAUAACAACAUGUGUUCACAUUAUCUGUGUUGCUGUUACUUUUGUGCUUUUAUUCUUUUUAGACUUUAUUAAAAAAGCAAAACAAAAUCAAGCUCCUGUAAUUUGCACUUUCUCCCCAAUCCUUUAAUCUCUUGUAUGGCAACCAAAAUUCCUGUAAAAAAAAGAAAUAAAUAUACUAUUGCACUAAGGUUGUGGUUCUGAUUGCAAACAGUGAAAACUGUCUGAAUUAAACCAACUAAAAGUUGCCAAACUUGCAAUCUAACGUAGAUUAUUGAAGUAUCUGUAGCUGGCUUUACCUCUAUAACAUUAGCCAGAUAUCUUUCAUCAAAGAAUAAAAAUGCUCCUUCCAUUGAUUGAGUUAAUAUGCCUUGGUUCCAUUUCCUUAAAGUAUUCUCAGUAUACAAAUGGAAACUUGUGUAUUAUUUCGGAAUUGUGUGAGACAUCAGAAUCGGCAUUUGUGAACCCUCCUCCAAGCACAGGGCUGAGGCUCGGAUUUUCUUUUUGUUUCUGGGCGGAAGCAGGGACGCCAUGGAGGUUUGGCUCUCUGCCCUGGGAGUACAGGCCCCCUGGUCCCCAGCUGGCCUGUUUUCUAGCCAUGGCAGUUGCAGAAUUGGGCAGCCACUCUGGUUGACGUAAACCUGAUGCUGCUUUUGAUAAGCAAACACUGUACUAAGGCUUGGAGCAAAAGAGCAUUUGGCAAAGAACCGAGCCAGGAAAACGUGGGCCAGCCCUAAAGGGAAACAAAUUUCAAACUUAAACCUGGAACCUCUUCUUUGGCCUCAUGUUGUCUUGGGUUCCUGCACAGCUUCUUCUAGUUUGGCACAUUCUCCAUUUCAGCAGCAGCCGCUACGCUCCCAUGUUCACGACCAAUUCCAAUCAGCUCAUCUAUUAAAGCCCUCCUGCCUCACCAUCCCACAGUCUCGCUCAGACUUUAACAUGUUCUCCGACUUCACUGUCCAAUGGUCUCUUCCAGACCGCUUUUUCUAGAUGAGUAUUAAUUUCUCUUAUUAGGGGGAAAAAUACUGGAAAAGGUUUUCUUUUACUUAAACUUUACUUCAGGCAUUUUAACAGCUAGUGAACUGGAGCGUGUUUCUGUACUUGUAGAUACCCACGGACACAUGCAAGUAGGUGACAAUUCCACCGUGGCUGGGGGGCCACAGCAGCUGCAUGCACAGGGGACGGCCCGGGCUUUGUGGGGAAUCGGAUAAUUUCCAAACUUGUUUCUCAGACGUCAGCAGAUCUGGCCACUUCGAUUUUAAUCCAUGCUGUUAUCGGUGGUUUUGUUUCUUUAUUGUUCCUGUAACUUGUUUCUGCAUUUCACAGUCUUUGCCGUUUCAUGUUUAAAAUGACAACGAUCACUGUCCAUUGCUUCUACUCUGGAACUCUUUGUUCAUAGCAAUUCUGAAACUUUAAUAUGAGCCUUCAAAUAAAUACAUAAAAGAAAAAAAAAAGGAAAAAAUAAAGUGUGUGCCUUGGGUGUUUUGAACCUGAUCUGCAUAAAACCAUAUUGUAUUCAAAUGCUGUAUAUUUAAUGAAAGGAUAAAUAUAUCUUCAAUGUAUUAAUGUAGCUGAUAAAAUAGUUAUAGUGCCUUGUUUUCUGAACUGAGAAGCCCAUAUCAAUGCACAACGUGAGGAAAAAACAAUUCGAAAUGAAAUGUUGAGGAGACCGGGGCCUAACUCUGGGGCCUUUCUCACAGGACUGUGGAACAUGCACAGUCAUUUAAGUUAAAAAUAAAAGUAAAUUGAAA